AGAAGAUGUUCAGUUGGAAUCCUUCCUAAUUGAAUCACCAUCACCAUCGCCAGAUUAGCAAGGCCAGAUGAAAUUUAACAGAAAUUAAGUUUCAAAAGAAGCAGAUUAUCCAAUAAUCAAAUCCGGACAAAAUUCCAAAAGGCCAAAGAAAAAAAUGGUUGGCGCAAGAAGAUCGACGUCAGAAACGACGCAGCUGUUGGACCUCAAGCCCCCCAGCCACCAUUCGUCCUCCGUGGAAAUGGCCGCCUCCGCCACCGUCGACGCCGUGUUGUCUGUUCCCCCUCGUUGUAUCUUCCUCGGCGUUGACGUAGGCACCGGCAGCGCUCGCGCAGGUUUGUUUGAUGAGAAUGGGAAACUUCUAGGUUCUGCUAGCAGCCCAAUACAGAUUUGGAAGGAGGGCGACUGUGUUGAGCAAUCUUCGACUGAUAUUUGGCAUGCAAUUUGUGCGGCUGUAAAAUUGGCAUGUUCCAUUGCAAAUGUUGCUGGGGAAGAAGUAACUGGUCUGGGAUUUGCGGCUACUUGUUCUCUUGUUGCUGUGGAUUCUGAAGGAUCCCCUGUUUCAGUUUCAUGGAGUGGUGAUUCAAGAAGAAAUGUGAUUGUAUGGAUGGACCAUAGAGCUGUGAAACAAGCUGAGAGGAUCAACUCAUGUAACUCAACAGUACUACAGUAUUGUGGUGGAGCUCUUUCCCCUGAAAUGGAACCGCCGAAGCUUUUAUGGGUGAAAGAAAAUUUGCAAGAAUCUUGGUCGUUGGUAUUUAGGUGGAUGGAUUUGAGUGAUUGGUUGUCAUACAGGGCAACAGGAGAUGAUACUCGGAGUUUGUGCACCACAGUGUGCAAGUGGACAUAUCUUGGUCAUGCACACAUGGAUCAGAUCAAGGAGAAAGACUCUCGAGAUAUGGAAGCUUGUGGAUGGGAUGAUGAAUUCUGGGAGGAGAUUGGCUUAGGUGAUCUUGUGGAUGGACAUCAUGCUAAAAUUGGACGAAGUGUAGCUUUUCCUGGCCAUGCUUUGGGUUCUGGUCUGACACCUACAGCUGCAAAGGAAUUGGGUCUGGUAGAAGGAAUUCCUGUAGGAACUUCACUGAUUGAUGCUCAUGCUGGUGGUGUGGGGGUAAUGGAAAGUGUGCCAGUGCCAGAUUCUGACUCUCAAGAGUUUGAUGAGGAUGCCAUUUGCCACCGUAUGGUAUUAGUCUGUGGAACUUCUACUUGUCAUAUGGCUGUAUCCAGGAGCAAAUUGUUCAUCCCAGGGGUCUGGGGACCCUUUUGGUCAGCCAUGGUACCUAAGUAUUGGCUGACAGAAGGUGGUCAGAGUGCUACUGGUGCUUUAUUGGACCAUAUAAUUGAGGACCAUGUUGCUUCUCCUCACCUUGCAAAUCGUGCUGCGUCUCAAGGUAUUUCCCUGUUUCAACUGCUAAACAAGAUGUUGGAAUCAAUGAUGUAUGACCUGGGUUCUCCUUUUCUUGCUGCCUUGACCGAUGAUAUACAUAUCCUUCCUGACUUCCAUGGAAAUAGGUCUCCCAUUGCAGACCCAAAGGCAAAAGGUAUUAUUUGUGGCUUAACUCUUGAGACAAGUGAAAAGCAGUUGGCUAUUCUAUACCUUGCCACUAUGCAGGGUAUUGCAUAUGGUACACGCCAUAUUGUGGAGCACUGUAAUGCCCAUGGGCAUAAGAUUGAUACGCUACUUGCCUGUGGUGGACUUGCAAAGAACCCUGUUUUCAUUCAAGAGCAUGCAGAUAUAAUCGGUUAUCCUAUAAUUCUGCCACGAGAAAGUGAAUCUGUGCUCUUGGGUGCUGCCAUUCUUGGUGCUGUUGCUGCAAAGAAAUACUCUAGUCUCCAUGAAGCCAUGAAGGCACUCAAUGCACCUGGACAGGUUGUCCAUCCAUCCGAAGACCCAAAAGUGAAGAAGUACCAUGAUGCCAAAUACCAAAUUUUCCGCCAACUUUAUGAGCAGCAGCUUUCUCACCGUUCCCUUAUGGCUCAAGCUUUGGCAUAGAAGAAGACUCUUUCCUGCACCUCUGUUGAUCAAAUGUUUUAUUGCCAUGAAAGAUGAGGUAUACUCACAAGGAAUAAGCUGGAAGCUGGAACUAAAGGAACGGGUAACUGUUUUGCAGAUAAUAUCAAGUGUAAAGCUAUUUCCCCUCUUGCUUUUUGUUUUUGGUUUUAAUUUGUUCCCCCCCCCCCCCCCCCCCCCCCCCUUUUUGUUUCACAAAUAUCAAAUAUAAGUUUGGAAUAAAAAUAAAAUGAAAUAACGCA